UUAUAGCCCCUCCCUCCUGGUCCUUCUGCAGCAGCCGCUGCAGCAGAGACUCUGCAGCAUCACUAUCACCAUCUUCAUUUUCAGACUCUGAGUCUUCCACUGCUCCUCCUCCUCCUCCUCCUCCUCCUGCUGCUGCUGCUCCUCCUGCUGCUCCUCCUGCAGAAACACCAUGAGCCUCUCCCUGCAGCUCCCUCUGGAUUAGAAGCAGACCCGUCUCCAGCGUUCCUUCGUCCGACAGCUACGUCAGUAACCAACCCGAAGCCUUCAGCAGAACUGCAUCAUGGACGAGCAACAGAACCAUCCGUCAGAGGAGCCCAUAUGUAAGCAGCCCACGGCCGGGGAGGCCGAGGCCGCGGCCGCUGCUGAUCCAGCAUCCGCCGUCUCCGCCGCACAUGAAGGAGCGGAGUCCAGAAGCCUGGACCACCUGGACGUGACCAGGGACAACAUGGAAAACAGUAACGGCCUCGCUCCAGUGAUGGCCGACACUUCCCCCACGCUGGGCUCCGCUUCACCCCCUUCGCACGCCAACGGUCAUCCUCGCCUGAGCAGCCGAUCGGGGUCGUUGGUGGCGGGUUCACCGCGGCCAUCGCUCAGCCGCCAGCACAGCACCGUCAUGGAGACGGUGGCGGCGGACGGAUCCAAACCCAGAGACUACCUGCUCCUGGCCAUCCUGUCCUGCUUCUGUCCACUGUGGCCCAUCAACAUCGUCGCCCUCACCUUCUCUGUGAUGUCCAGGAACAGUCUGCAGCAGGGAAACGUGGACGGUGCCCGACGUCUGGGUCGUAAUGCCAUGAUUCUGUCAGUGGUGUCUAUUCUGGGUGGAAUCGCCAUCAUCGCCGCAGCUAUUGCCCUCAACUGGGGAUAAUUUUGGCAAAUUUUCAGCUGUAACAACCUGAUGGCCCUGAAGAUGGCGCUUAAGAGCUAUUCACUACAAGCUGUAACACGUCAACGAUACAGGAGAGACUUUUUCUCGGUUCAACUUUUUGAUGCCAAAAAAAAGAAACACUGAGGUUUUUGUCUUUGAACCUAAAAAAAAAAAA